UCUAACCACACGGUUUGUUUAUUUUUCACCGUGUUUCCUUCACCGCCUUUUUUUGUGGCUCACUCUAUACAGCUUGUGUACUUGCUUUAAGAACAUUAUCAGUUUCGAUGCUGCUCUGCCUUUACUCAGUUUUUCCGAGACCCUCUUCUCUCAGGCUUCGCUUUGCCUCACAACUGCAGUGGGCCAGUUUUCAGCCAGAGGAGAGGCCACAUCUGCUUCCUGUGGGCCCUCUGGUCAGAAGCAUGCAUGGCCGGCUGCUCCUGAUCUGGGUCCAGGGGCUAACACUGGCUGCCUUCCUCACUUCAGGAGCCACAAAAGGCACAAUACAGACAAAGGGGAACAUUUCUGCCGAGGAAGGUGGCUCUGCCAUCUUACAGUGUCACUUCUUCUCCAACACAGCUGAAGUAACCCAAGUCAACUGGGAGCAGCGGGACCAGAUUCUGGCGGUUUAUAGUGCUGAACAGGGAUGGUAUGUCCCUUUGGUCUUCAGUGAGCGGGUGGUCCCAGGCCCCAGCCUAGGCCUCACCUUCAAGUUGCUGACAAUGAAUGACACAGGGGAGUACUUCUGCACCUUCCACACCUAUCCUGAUGGGAUUUACAAGGAGAGAAUAUUCCUGAAGGUCCAAGAAAGCUCAGGGCCUCAGUUCCAGAUGACAUCACUUGGAGGAGCCAUGGCUGCUGUGCUGGGAAUCAUCUGCUUACUGAUCACAGGGGCGGCUGUGAGAGCUAGACGGAAGUCUCCAAGAAUCCAUUCUAUGGGAAGUGGCCAGGAGAGAACAGCAGCUGAACCACAGGAAGCGAUCCUCAGGUGUCCCUCGGCCCCUGAAGGCCCUGUCCAGACAGAAGCUGCCCCUGCUGACCUCUGUGGAGAGGAAGAUGACUAUGCUGAACCACGUGACUACUUUAACGUCCUGAGCUACCGAAGCCUAGAGAGCUUCAGCGUCCUAGCAAAGACUGUCUGAGAACAGUUCCCUCCCUCCCUUCCCUUCUCCUCUGUGUGUGUGUGUGUGUUUGUCUGUCUGUCUGUCUGUCUGUCAGUCAGUCAGUCUGUCUGUCUGUCUGUGUUUAGUUAGUGAAUGAAAGAUGACUGCUUUUCAAACUUCCUUUCUUCUACCCUCCUCUUCCGUUUCUCUGUGACAGACCCAAGGUAAACAGCGUGUAAUUUGAUUAUAAAUGGAAGUUUGGAAAUGAAUUUUGAGUUUAUGCAUA